CAGAAACUCCGACGUUAUGAGCAUCCCCAAAACCUUGGAACGUCUGAAAAUAAGUCUGUUGUCGAUGCAUCCGGAGGAAGUUAUACCUAUCACUUCGCCAUGUUGUCCAUCUUAAGAAAGGCCCGUCUCAGAGACAAGGAGAUGCGAAUCCUGAUGCUAGGUCUCGAUAAUGCGGGAAAGACUACGAUCGUCAAAAAGAUUAUGGGCGAAGAUGUCACCACAGUGAGCCCGACAUUAGGUUUCAUCAUCAAGACUAUAGACUACGACGGAUACAAGCUAAACAUUUGGGAUGUGGGCGGACAAAAGACACUACGCUCGUACUGGAGGAAUUACUUUGAAAAGACAGACGCGUUGAUCUGGGUCGUCGAUGCCACGGACAGACUGAGAAUCGAGGACUGCAGAGAAGAGCUCCAUGGCCUGCUGCAAGAAGAGCGACUUUCUGGAGCGAGUUUGCUGGUGUUUGCCAACAAGACCGAUGUCAACGGAUGCAUGGACGAGCAGGAAAUUCUCCAAGGGCUGCAAUUGGAGGCGAUCAGAACACAUCGCUGGCACGUCUUGCGGUGCAGUGCCAUGACAGGCACGAACCUCAAGGAAGGCCUUGCUUGGGUGGUGGACGACGCAAAGAAGAGGCUGUUCCUGUACUAAUGGCAAGUGGGAGUCCAGGUAUCCAUUGGCGGUUAGCUUUCUUGCCAGAUCACCACUACUACGAUGCGGCUCCUCUCGUUCUCGAGGCUUAGCGAUCCGUUCGAGGAUGUCCUGGCCAUAUUUUUCUCAGCUAGUUCCCGGGCGCGCCGUUGGGAAGCUGGGAUGGCCAGGAGAGAAGUGUGGAC